AUAAAGUCGGUGAUUUUCACACGGACAUUUUGUACAUUUUAUACAAAACUAAUAAUCGAAAUGAUAUUCCUAGUUUUCAAUUAUUUGUUAUUUUUCAACCCAAUGUUGUAUGUUUUUAGUGAAGGUUUUCCAGAAAACGUAAGAAACAAGCGCAGCGAUAUCGAUUUGCAAGGUUGCUUGGAUAAUUUCAAUGUGCAUAAGGAUAAAAUAAUUAGGACCCAAGAUUCCCAAAACAUGGGGGCAAAAUAUCUGAAUGAAAUUGAUCUAGGAUCCAGAGAAGAAUGCCUACAUCUAUGUUGUGAGACUGAUAACUGUGAUGUUUUUGUUUUUGAAGAAAAGAAUUCUGGUAGCUGUUAUUUGUUCCAUUGUGGGCCUCCAGAAGACUUCAAGUGUAAGUUCACGCAUCACGUGAACUACUCCAGCGGUGUACUCUCGGUCAAUAGACAUUUACCAGAUUUGGAAAGCCAGAUCAAGCUCACCAAGCACGAACAAGAUUUAACAAAACUUAGGAACGCAGAUAUGGACUCCGCGGUAUUGAAGCCCAUUGUUCAUGAGCAAAAAACAACAUCGACAACUACCAUUGCAACUUCAUCCAAGGAGUUUGUUCCUCUUCCCAAACACGAUGCUAUGGUGACAGAUCGCAAAUGCAGCCGUAACCAGUUCGAGUGCCGCUCGACCGGCGAAUGCAUCGCCAUCUACAACGCGUGCGACGGCAUUCCGCAGUGCGCAGACGCGAGCGACGAGGCGCCCGAAUUGGCCUGCCCGGGAUCGGUCACCACGGCCGCCCCAAUGGCGCAGCUCGUGGAGCGGGCAGACGGCGGGCUGCCCGUACCGGUCAGAUACAACCCGAACUUUCAGCCAUCGCUCAGCAAUCAACCCAACCCCAACCAGCAAGAGAUCCUCUUACAGCCGUUAACUCAGAGAGAACCGGUCCAGCUACCGGCCGUUUCCAUACCGGACGCCGAUUUCCUGAGACCCGCCAACGACCCCAGACUGGUGAAUCCCCGGCUGUACGAGCACCAGCUGCAGCCGUACGUGGCGCAGAUGCCGCAGCAGCCGCCGUGGGUGCCCCGUCAGGCCAAUCAGAUGGCUCCGCAGAUUCCUCAGUACGAAGAUAAAAAUACUCGCAUAUUCAACCACAAGGAGAACGGUUACCAAGUGCCUGAUGGACAUGAGAUCAGCCAAGCCCAAUAUCCUGACAAUGUGAAUGGCAGACAAUAUAAUAAAAUGGGCAGCUAUUAUGCAGAAAAUAGCUAUAGGCAGCCGCUGCAGCAGGAAAAUUGGCCAUCAGGUGAAGUUGCGUACGGUCAAACAAAUCCCCAUCAGGAUAUCCAAUACCAAGGACAAGAUGGAAAAGCUCCCACCUAUAAAUCUGAAUCCAGGCCAAUUGAACCGAAUAUCAUCAAUGAAAACGUGAAUCCCAAGCACGUCCAAGAGCAACUCGCGCACGACCUGAAGCACUCCAAGGAGCACAUGGAGCACGACGAGCCGGCCGUCAAGAUCGCCAAGCACGUGCAUCGUGAUCGCUAUCCGGACGUCAUCGCCUACAAGAUCGACGAGGCCGGCGAUUUGGAAGACGGAAUGGCGAAGACGCAGAGAGGGGCGGUCCUUGCAGUGUCGUUAGGUUUGAUCAUAACUUUCAUCAUGGCCAUCAUGAUCGGUUGCAGACUGAAGAUGGUUAGGAGGAGAAUAAGAAAAGGGGGUAAACUUUAUGCCCAUGAUGCAGAUUAUUUAGUGAAUGGAAUGUAUUUGUAAGGUUAGCUGUAAGAUUGAAUACUCACUUAUCAAAUUGUUGAGCACAUUGUUCAACUAUGUACAUAUUAGAAAUUAUUAGGUACUGUUUUAGAGAUCUCAUAGUUUAUAUUGCUUGUUUUGUCAUCAAUUUAUUUAUAUUUCUAUCGUUGAAAAAUAAAGUUUCUUUUUUCUGCUAUAAAAACUCAUUAAUUUUUAUAUAUCAAUUUAUUCAAUAAUAUGACACUUUCAGUUAGUAAUUAUUAUAUAACAAUAUAUUACACAACAUAUUCAAAAAUUUCUUUGGAUGUACUUUAUCAACUGAUAUGUAAUAAAACUCUAGAAAAAAUAACGUCGAACACACGCCUUUCAAACAACCUUAAAUGGGAUUAUUUAGUAAAAUAAAUUAUUAUAUCUAUUCUAAAAACGUAAUAUGAUUAUACACCUAAUUUAGGUGCCGACGAAGAAUAUUUGGUUAAUUCAAAGAAAAUUUAGUAGGUAUUUAAAAUGUAAUAAGUUACUUUAAAAACAGUGCAAACAGUGUACACAAAAAUUCUGCAAUAAAAAUUUGGCAUCUUCAUUUGUAAAUCAAGAAUCUACAAUACUUUUUCCGUAUUUUGCUCGCAUUUACUGGUUGUACUAUUAAAAACAAAAUUGCAGGUCACUUGAAAAUAUUAGCAAAACAGGGAAAUAUAAAGACAUGACUAUAGAAUAAAUGUUUAGACAAUGAUAUCCAAGAAUAACUUUUUGUCUGCUAACAACGCAUAAAAAACGUCGCUAACUGAGAUUGUAAUUUUCAUCCGAUUGGGAAAAAUAAAAAAAUUUAAUAUUAAAUUUUAAAAUAACACAU